AUGGCUUCGGCUUCCUCUCAGGCUGAAUCUUCGGGCAGCCAGCCAAUCCGUAUUUGCGAAGGGAUUGACGGAUACGGAACCGCGCUGGGCAGGAAGGCUCCGGGUGGAUGCGGCUAUUCCGAGCCUUCUCCCCUCAUCAUAGCCAGUUGGCCUGACUCAUGUCUCAUCACGUCAGAACUCAGUGAAAGCCGACCAAGAACAUCAGCCAUUUCCCGCCCGUUUUGCACUUCGACGCCGCAGAACGACGCUGAUGACGGCAAGCCACGCCAAAACGACGCAAAAAGAACGAUUAUGUCAUUGGCGGGAAUAUUCGCGUAUGAUUGGCUGCAGUGGAGGCGCCCAGGGAGCUAUGCGCCACACCUUGUCCAGUCAGCCUUUUAA